GUUUUGUGUGGACUGUGAGACUUACCACACAGCUGCCUCUACCCUGGGCAGCCAAGAAUGGAUUUCAUCCUUCUUGGAAGUCCUUAGGGCUACCGCCACCUCGGUCUGAUUUAUUUCCUAGGCCCCAUUUGGGGAGCAACGAUCUUUUUCUUCUCCUGUUGAAGAGGAUUUUCAUAAAACAGCUGAAUCGCGCCUUGGCCAUCAGUGGCAAAAGUUCACACGUGUGUGCUUGUCCAGGCGCCAAGAGUAACUAUUGCAAACGCUGCCUCGGGAAAACUCCAUGGUUCGCUGGCUGCCGCUGCACCGUAAAGAAAACAACAAAACCAAAAAGCAAGCAGGAGUGGAAAAGGCCUCUCUGGAGCGGUGAGACAAAUUAAAGGUAAUAGAGAAAAGGAAAACCCAGCCAAUGAUUAUGUGAUAAUAUGGAAGAAGAUGGGAAAAAAACUGUUUAAUGGAUUAAGAGAGUGGCGACUGCUCUAAAACAUGGAUAGAUGCAAACAUGUAGGGCGGUUACGGCUCGCCCAGGACCACUCCAUCCUAAACCCUCAGAAGUGGUGCUGUCUGGAGUGCUCCACCACGGAGUCUGCGUGGGCCUGCCUCAAGUGUUCCCACGUGGCCUGCGGCCGCUACAUUGAAAACCAUGCACUGAAACACUUUGAAGAGACCGGACACCCGCUGGCCAUGGAGGUCCGGGAUCUCUACGUGUUCUGCUACCUGUGCAAGGAUUACGUGCUCAAUGACAACCCCGAGGGGGACCUGAAGCUGCUGAGAAGCUCCCUCCUGGCGGUGCAAGGCCAAAAGCAGGACCAGCCCGCGAGGCGUGGUCGGAUGCUACGGUCUACAGCUGCAGGCGAGGACGUGGUCCCACCGCAGCGCACUCCUCAGGGACAGCCACAGAUGCUCACGGCUCUGUGGUACAGGCGCCAGCGCUUGCUGGCCAAGACGCUGCGACUGUGGUUCGAGAAGAGCUCCAGGGGCCGAGCGCAGCUGGAGCAGCGGCAGCGAGAGGAGGCGCUGGAGCGCAAGAAAGAGGAGGCCCGGCGGCGGAGGCGCGAGGUCAAGCGGCGACUGCUGGAAGAGCUGGCCAGCGCGCCGCCGCGGAAGAGUGCGCGCCUGCUCCUGCACGCGCCUGGGCCUGUGGCCGUGCGCCCUGCUACCCUCGCUACCUCCCGGCGCGUGUCCGCGGCUACACUUAAGCCGCGCCGGCAGCCGGCGGUGGCCCCAGGUGUCACCGGCCUACGCAAUCUGGGCAACACCUGCUACAUGAACUCCAUCCUCCAGGUGCUUAGCCACCUCCAGAAAUUCCGGGAAUGCUUCCUGAACCUCAACCCUUCCACCUCUGAGCACCUGUUUCCCCAAGCAACCAACGGGAAGGCUCAGCUCUCUGGUAGGCCAGCCAGCAGCUCUGCCGCAGAGUUAUCAAUAAAGAGCGACCCUGCCCAGGGAUACGAACCUCAAGGCUUCUGCUGGAACAGUGGAGCCUCGAUCAGCAGAAGCCUGGAGCUCAUUCAGAACAAGGAACCCAGUUCAAAGCACAUUUCCCUCUGCCACGAACUGCACACCCUCUUCCGAGUCAUGUGGUCUGGGAAGUGGGCACUGGUAUCGCCCUUUGCCAUGCUUCACUCAGUGUGGAGCCUCAUUCCCGCCUUCCGUGGCUACGACCAGCAGGACGCACAGGAAUUUCUCUGUGAACUGCUGCACAAGGUGCAGCAGGAACUUGAGUCUGAGGGCUCCACGCGCCGGAUCCUCAUCCCCUUCUCCCAGAGGAAGCUCACCAAACAGGUCUUAAAGGUGGUGAACACCAUAUUUCACGGGCAGCUGCUCAGUCAGGUUACAUGUGUAUCAUGCAAUUAUAAAUCCAAUACCAUUGAGCCCUUUUGGGAUCUGUCCCUGGAAUUCCCUGAACGCUACCACUGCAUAGAAAAGGGGUUUGUCCCUUUGAAUCAGACAGAGUGCCUGCUCACUGAGAUGCUGGCCAAGUUUACCGAGACAGAGGCCCUGGAGGGGAGAAUCUACGCUUGUGACCAGUGUAACAGCAAACGACGAAAAUCUAACCCCAAACCCCUUGUUCUGAGUGAAGCCAGAAAGCAGUUAAUGAUCUACAGACUACCUCAGGUCCUCCGGCUGCACCUUAAAAGAUUCAGGUGGUCUGGCCGUAAUCAUCGUGAGAAGAUUGGGGUCCAUGUCGUCUUUGACCAGUGGUCAUGCAUCACGGGAAAGGGUUUGGCUCAGGACACUACACAGCCUAUUGCUACAACACAGAGGGAGGUUUUUGGGUCCACUGCAAUGACUCAAAGCUGGAUGUAUGCAGUGUCGAGGACGUGUGCAAAACCCAGGCCUACAUCCUUUUUUACACUCGAAGAACAGUUCAGGGCAGCGCAAGACUCUCAGAAACCCAACUCCGAGCUCAGGUGCAGUCCAGCAGCAAGGACGAAGGCAGAACAUACACGCUCCCCUGACUGGGAGGCAUGCAGUAAAAUGUCCUUACCUUUUUCCUCAUGGGUAAUAAGGCUUGCACAGUAACAGAUCACUGGGCUUGCCUCUCUAGGCCUAAAGGAGAGAAUGCCAGGUGAUUUCUGCCCUGUCAAAAAAUUGGUAGUCACUUUUGAAAACAUUUUAAAAUUCCCUCCUUUCAUAAAACAAAUCUAAAGGAGUAACUUCUAUGAAGAUUCUUUUGUCAGUUGCUUCUGGAUAAUUGAGGGACCUGGAGGGGGGUGGGCAAGUGAUCACCCAGCCAGGAGAGCAGCCAUGUCUGUCUUCUCUCUGUCGUGAGCCCCCUACUAAUCAGGAUCUUUCUGCAGCACUGCACAGAGCACAUGAGGAGGGGCCCAGGGCUGGCAGCUGGUGGGAAAGAUUGGUUCCAAAGUGGAAGGUAAAGCCACAGGAUUUAUCUCACAGAAGAGGUGACCAUCAAGGGAGUGAGGGGCAUGGAGCAGAUCUCCCUGUGCCAAAUAGGAAGGCUUUUUAGAGCCAGGCUUCUCCUGAGGUGCUGUCCUCUCACUCUACGCUGACUGGGAGAUAGGGCCUAGCAGCCCUUUCCCGUUGAAGAGGCAGUCAUAGGAGGCACAGACCAGCGCAUGGUCGGUCUGCGCAUGUUAAGCCGGACACUCCUGACUCCUCCAGUCCUGUAGCAGGACCCUGGCUCAGGUCUGGAACCAGCUUGUGGUUUGGGUCAGUGUUCAGAAGCCUUCUCAGAAUUCGGGAAGGCGAGUGGGGAUUGUCCCAGUGCCUGCUGCCCUAGGGUCUUACCUUGUGUGCUAUGUAGCUUCUCUCCUGCACCUACAACAUUGGUGCUCACAAGGUUUGGAGCUUUCGCUUCCCUAGGAACUGACCGUUUGUCCAGCUCUUGGUUGUGGCCUUUCAUGUUCUCUUCCCACUCUGCUACCCAUUCUCUCCUGCCCUCAGUCCAUGCAGUAGAGAGACUCCUGUCUUUUACUCCUGUCUUUUACUCUGCUAUUAGUAAAAACACAUCUUUAAAAUUUGCUCCAUUUCUAAAUGGAGUCAAAUGCCCAGACAGAAGCACAGUAAACUCUCAUUCUCUCUGCGGUGACCUGUGCAGUGCCCACAGCCUCUCCUGUGAAUAAGUAGCUUGUGUUAAUGUAGUACAGUUGUCACUUGAAGGGAGUUGAAGGGGUGGGGCACAGAGACAGUGAGGCUAAAGGACGCACUGUUCCAUUUCCCAGGCACACCCGUAGUAUUUACUGCUGCCCUCAUUGGAGAUGAACUCUCGUAGGCCUGCCAGACAUCACUGAGACAUGGAAGAAAUCAGACAGAAAACAGCUCCCUGACAGGGAUGGGUGGCUAGAUUUAAACUUGCUUUUUUACAACACUGUGAGGUUUCUGUAUUAGCUUUUAUUUGGAAGCGAUAAUGUAUGGCAUUUUUGUGCUGUUUGGUUUUUACUGUCUACUGCAGGCUUUUUUGUGAGCUUUGCACGGCCUCCUCCUCUCCAGGACACUGUUUUAAAGUGUCCCGGUUGUCCACGCUGCCUGAGGUUCUGAUAUAAAGCUGUACCCUGAGGUCCACAUUACAAAGGUACAUGAUAGUGAUUUGUUACCAUGGUAGCAAAGCCCAUUCAAAAACAAAGCUCGGUGUGCUGGUACACCCCUGGAAGGACGGCACUUGCUUGGGUGAGGCAGGAGGAUUAUGAGUUUGAGGCUACAUUGUGAGACCUUGUCUGAAAAAUGAAAAUAACAAACUAUUGGGAGUAAAAAAGGAAACAAGACUGGAUUGCACCUCAUCUUAAACCCUGUGUUAUUUAUUCUAGAAAGAGAACUUGCAGGCAGAGAAUAUAGAUCUGACUGUUUAGAGGGGAAAACAUUAAUCAAUAUAAACACUUAAAGGAAAAUUAGAAGGUUCUAACUCAAUUUAAAAAAAAAGUUUUAUGUCAACUAUCAGCAAGACCAGUAAGCAGAAUGGGAACUUUAUAAGCUGAACUGAACACCCACAUAUGAGAUUAAUGAGUUAAAAUGAGUUCUAUCUAAAACUAGCUGUCUCCACUGAGCCACCCUCAUGAAGGUGCCACCGCAACCACAGAAGCACUUCAGGCAGCAGGAGCAGUAGCAUGAAUCUCUGUUGUAGAAGCACUGUGCACUGUCUGGGCUGCCUUGCUGUGCUGUGCUCUCUCUGCUGCCUGCAGCGCCUUAGAGGGCUGUGUCAGUUGGCAUCACACUGAUACAUUCUGAAGAGAACAGAUAGACUUUGACUAGCUGGCCCCAGGCCAAAUGCCAGGUGCUGCUCUGCCAGCAGCAGUCUCUCUCUCUGAACCCUUUGUAAUCGGCUGGUGUGUUUACUUACCACUGUAGCCAGCCAAGAUGAAUACACCCCAGCCCUCAAAAAUGAUUUCUUACCUCAGUCUAGCCUGGCCCUCAUGCUUGUGGUUGCCUCUAAGAGCAGCACCCAUGCUAGUGCAGAAGUAGCAGGGAUACCCGUGGCAGCCAGAAACUGCAGCUCUCAUCAAACGGCAGGCAGAGCUCUUGCCAGCUUUACCAGCUUUAACCAGCCCCUCUGGCUGAAAUGGGAGGGCAGUGCCACAUGGUAAAGAACUUCUAGAUGUCUCUAAAAAUGUCAUGAAUAAAGCUGUAAACUGUAGAAGUGUUCGUGUGUCCUAUGGACUCGAUAGCAGAGUUUAUUUUUGUUCAAGGUGGCAAGGCUUCUAGAGUUCAUGAUCGUGUGAGUCCCCUGCUCUGGUUAUGCCUUCAGCUCCAUCCACAUUCAGGAGACAAACCAAUGCGGUGGGCUGGCUGGCAGUGCUCCGGAGUGCUGAGAGGUCGACAGUAGUGCAGAAUGAAAACAUGGUGGCGGGUGGGGGGAAGCCAGGGAGAUCUGACAUUUGUUUUACUGAUAAAGCUUUGUGAACUAAUUUUAUACAAUUCAUAAAAUUUGGUGCCUUGUUCUUAAUUACAGUUUGCAUGAGAUUGAAAAGUUAAGGGGAAGGGUUCCUUUUUGUUAUGUCAAGUGGCAGGUGGAUCUGUAGUGUUUAAAGGGUAUGUGCUAUCAGAUUUUAUAGAACAUUGUUAUCUCCUGUGUAUGAAUGCAAAUUGUCCUUACCAGCAAGUUCUUGAGUUCCAGUGUCCAUAAUUGUAUUUAUAAUCUUCCAUCAGAUAGCUGUCUUUCAAGGCAGCCAACAUACAUUACUGUUGUUCAUUGCCUCUUGUAUAUGCUGAACAUUAAUGCUGACCUUUUCUGGAAAGUGACCCUUUCCUGAAUGUGUACCAUAUCCCUAUCUGGGGUUGCAGCUUAUAUGUGGAAGGGUUUCCAGCUAGUUGGGAGAGCCAAAUGAUCAGAAGUUAGGCAAUCAGUGGCAGUGGAAUCUUCACCAAUUCUGGAGCCCUUCUGCACAAACCAUCAGGAAGCAGUGUAGGAAAAAUCCCCCCACAUGUGAACCUUUAGAUUGUACAACAAACCAGUACACUGUGUAAUAUGCAGAGUGAGUGAUGCAAAAAUGAUGUCCCUGACACCACCACUCUCAGGACUUCCUGGGCAGAUGCAGCUGUGAUGGUGCUAAGUGACUGGAAGGUUAGCAAGAGUCGGGCUGUUCACAGCCUGUCUUUCACUCCAGCCCAAGGGUUUCUGCUGAGCUCGUGAGACUUCCCCAAAGGUGUUGACAGGCUCACCAUUCAAAGUGCAUUUGGUACUGGGUCUCUCAGCCCAGUUCCUAAUUGGGACUAAUUAGGUAAAGAGUGCAUCUUUGGGGUGAAAUUUUCCAGGGUCACUUGGUUUUUACCAGCUAAGAGUGGUGGUUCUCUUUUUUGUCAGCGCUAAAGCGCCUUCUCAGGAUUGUACACGUCAUCUCUUCCACAUUCCUGUCUGCUCUCAGUCCAGGAUUACCCUUUAACCGCCAUUUACUUGUCAACUCACACAUGGCUCUAACUACACCACAGCUUAGUAGCUAUGGGCAAGCGGUCACUUUUGUUCACUCUGUCCAUACUUAUGCUGGCAUGUUUCUUUUAAAAUACAACAGCUGCUGACGAAAUAGCUCACUGCUACGGCACUUAGCUAGCAUGCCUGAGACAAUGGGUUCCAGGUCACGUAAACCAGUUCAAACAAAAACUGCCAAAUCAGCGUUAUGACUUCAAAAAGCAAGAGUAAAGUUACUUGAGAUUAUAUCUUAAAUUUGGAAUGAAAAAAAAACUAUAUUUUUAAAAGCUAUGUCUUAAUUCUAUCUAGAUUCUGAUUUUCAAAAUAGAAAUUUUUUUAACUAACUAGACUACUCAGCUAUAGGAUCAUAUAGCAUACUUUAAGGUUUUAUUCUUCAAAACAACAAAACCAGGCUGCUAUUUCCUAGCUUAGCUGUGGUCAUGUGGGGUUCUGCAUCUAUAACACAGCUUACAAAACUGCUUCCUAAUCACUUUAUGGGCCUUUGGAAGUAAUGGCUUCAAACCCAAGCCUUAUCCGUGUAUUCAUAGUCAUGACCCUGCCCCCACCUUUUUUUUCAAGGCAUGGUCUCACUGUGUAGCCCUGGUUAGCCUGGAAUUUAGACGAAGCUGGCCUCAGAGAUCCACAUGCCUCUGGGAUUAAGUAUGUGCCAUGAAGCCCAGUCUCUUAAUAGUUUCUAAAACAGACUUCAGAGUAUCUGUGACUCAGAAUAAACUCUAGGAUCUUGAUUCGUGUGAAGCCAAUUCUAGGCCUGAAUUUACUCACAGUUUCUGCUGGCCCGCAUCACAUCGCACAGGUUCUUCAUUCACAAGAAAAUGGUAUCCCCAGCCCAUAUCAUACAUGGCUUAGUCAGUACAGUGCUUACCUAGCAAGCCUGAUGCUCAGAGUUUGAUCUCAGCACCACGUAAAACCAGGCGUGGUAGACCACACUCGACUCCCAACUGUGGAGGCAACAAGAUAGGAGUUCAAGGCCAUCUUCACAUCUUCAACUGAGGCCAGCCUAGGCUGCAAAUAUCCUGCCUCCAAAAAAAAAAAGCCCCCCCCCCCCGCUUUGUUUCGGUGGGUGUUUGGAAGUCACAUCAUGAGUUUCUGGAAAGCAGCCAGCAGUAACUCUGUCAUCGUCAUGCAGCUGUGGCCCGGUUACACUGGCCCUUCUCAUUUGCGCCCUGUAAUCCAAGACCAGUUCCAAAGGGGCCUUUGCACAAAAAAGCAGUAUUUUUUUUUUUAAUGCUAGUAAAUUUGACUAAAUGAGACUCUGGAGAGUCUACUUCUAGCACCACCUUGUCCCACGGCCACAGGAGUCUCUCCACAGAACAGACAGUGGCACUAGCAUAAGUCUGGGGGUAGGAAGUUGCUUCCUUGUGCCCACUAACAAGCUGACUCCACCCACACAUCAGUGCUCUCUUCUGCCACCAAAUCUCACUCUAUUCCAAAAACAGUGCCUCCCUGGUUCCUGGAAAACCCACCUGGUGAACUAAAAUGCCCAACAACACCUAAUGGCUUCUUCCCCAGGAAUGCUCACCAGCAGUAACUCCUUGAGAAUCAGCUGUGCAGUUCAGCUUUAUCACUGUGGAGCAGGAGGUUCCCUUUCAAUUUUUUUUUUCUAUUCUCUUUUUUAAAUGAGACAAACAUCUCCAUUACAAUUCAUGUUUGGGGCUCAUUGCUGUCUCUUGAGUGUGAAACACAAAUCAUGGUUGGU